AUGGGGACUCUUGAGGUGGUACUGUGGCAAGCUGUGCAGCCAAGCUGCCUGGGUUCAACACCGAGCUCUGCCAUUAACUUCCUGUUUGGUCUUGGGUCCCCCGCCUACGAUGUCACGGGCUUCCGAGAGGUCCGAGGAAAGGUUCAGCCUCCCAAGCCACCCCCGGGGUCCCCCGAGGCGCAGAAACCUCCCCGGCUCGGCCCAUAUCUGUGGUGCAAGGAGUUCCUGCCCGGCGCCUGGCGGGGCCUUCGCGAGGACCAGUUUCACAUCAGUGUCAUCAGAGGUGGCCUCAGUAAUAUGCUGUUCCAGUGCGCCUUACCUGACACUACAGCUACCAUUGGCGAUGAACCUCGGAAAGUGCUCCUGCGGCUGUAUGGAGCAAUUUUGCAGAUGAGGUCCUGUAAUAAAGAGGGAUCCGAACAAGCUCAGAAAGAAAAUGAAUUUCAAGGGGCCGAGGCCAUGGUUCUGGAGAGUGUUAUGUUUGCCAUUCUCGCAGAGAGGUCACUUGGGCCAAAACUCUAUGGCAUCUUUCCCCAAGGCCGACUGGAGCAGUUCAUCCCGAGUCGGCGAUUAGACACUGAAGAAUUAAGUUUGCCAGAUAUUUCUGCAGAAAUAGCUGAGAAAAUGGCCACAUUUCAUGGUAUGAAAAUGCCAUUCAACAAGGAACCAAAAUGGCUUUUUGGAACAAUGGAAAAAUAUUUAAAUCAGGUGCUGAGAAUUAAAUUUACUGGGGAAUCCAGAGUUAAACAGCUCCACAAAUUCCUCAGUUACAAUCUGCCUUUGGAACUGGAAAACCUGAGAUCAUUGCUUGAAUCUACUCCAUCUCCAGUUGUAUUUUGUCAUAAUGACUGUCAAGAAGGUAAUAUCUUAUUGCUGGAAGGCCGAGAGAAUUCUGAAAAACAGAAACUGAUGCUCAUUGACUUUGAAUACAGCAGUUAUAAUUACAGGGGAUUCGACAUUGGGAAUCAUUUCUGUGAAUGGAUGUACGAUUACAACUGUGAAAAGUACCCUUUUUUCAAAGCGAACGUUCGGAAGUAUCCCAGCAGGAAACAACAGCUCCAUUUUAUUUCCAGUUACUUGGCUGCAUUCCAAAAUGACUUUGAAAGCCUUAGUAGUGAAGAAAAAUCUGUUAUAAAAGAAGAAAUGUUGCUUGAAGUCAAUAGGUUUGCCCUUGCGUCCCAUUUCUUCUGGGGACUUUGGUCCAUUGUACAGGCCAAGAUUUCAUCCAUUGAAUUUGGGUACAUGGACUAUGCCCAAGUAAGGUUUGAUGCCUAUUUCGACCAGAAGAGGAAGCUUGGGGUGUGACUGCGGGGAGGACUCCAGCCACUUCGUCACCGGACAACGUGGGGAGGCAGCUGACCGGGUCCCCUCCAUUGCUUCGACUACUGCAGCUUUGGCAGGAAGACUUUUGGUAUCUGGCUACUGAACUCAGACAUGUAUGAUACGAAAGACUGUAUUAAAAUGGAAUAACAUUUAUUUUAUAUUUUGUUUACGAUUUCACUAGGAUCUGAAACCAGAUUGGGAAGCAGAAAUAUAGUACAAUAGUGCAAUAUCUCAGAAUCCUCUUAAUCUAGAGAAGAUGUUUUCUAUUUAGAGCUCAAGGUUUUCAGUCAAAUAUGGUGAACAGUAAGAAGGACACAGUGUUACUGAGGGUACCAUGGUUAAUGCUGACCAGGUGAACAUUGUGACCAGCUCUUUGUAGGUGACAAUGUGUUGUAGACACUACUUACUCCCGGGGACGGUGAGUGAGCAGACAUACUGUGAAUUGCUCCAGGGCCUGAGCCCACCUCCUGGUGUCACUGACACAGGGCAGUCUCCGCCCGGUGUCUCCAAAAGCUGCUCUUUCACCCUUAUGGUCCAAGUGGCUGAUGCUGGAGAAAGCAGAUUGCACACGAGCUAUCAUCUGCUGUAGAGGCAUGGAGCUUUUCUGUGUCAUACAUAUUUUGUUAUACUGAUGAGUUUCACUUUAACUGGGUAUAAUCUCUGCCAUUGCCCUUCCUCCUGAGUGUGCUUGAUACUCCAGCAUCAGACAGUGACACUGUGGUCACAGGGGCUGUGUGGGGACCUCCCUGUCUUCCUACCCUCGUCUCCCUUCCCAAGAACAGACUGCUUAGCCUGGCUCUCUGAGCCUUUCUGUUCUCCCCUCUGCUCGGCCUGGAGCUUGGGGUUCCAUGACCUGGGCUGGCUUCCCCAGGGGACUGUCCUGCCCCAGGGCCCCUCUGCCUCCUGCUGCCCCUGAAUAGGGAGAGACACCCCGGCCUUGGCUCUCCGCGUGGCCAGCUUUCCCGGCCAUCACUUUUCCCGUGUCCCUAAAUGAUGUGGUCAUUGUUAUGGGAAAGUACAGCCUGUAUCUGGAAUGUGGGGGUGUGGGUAGAGUAUAGCUGUGAAAUCCGAUAUAUGAAAUGUCCUAUGGUAUGAAUUCCUAGCAAGCUUUUCUUUACUCUGAACUCAAUUGAAUUGUUUUUUGUGCAUAUAUUUCUGCUACCACAGAGACUGUACUGUACAAAUGAAUAAAAAACUUAGAAACCCUGC